GUUCUGAGACUAGAACUCCUCACACCUUCUAAGAAAUGACCAUACAAAUAUGCUCUUUGCUUUCCUGGGCUUUGUUUUGCUCAAUAGCAAUGCUCCUCGCCAUUUUUUUGAAACACAGAAAAGGCUGCGGCAAGAGUGAUGGAAAACUACCACCAGGGGAAAUGGGACUUCCUUGGAUCGGUGAAACAAUAGAGUUCUACAGAUCACAACGUGACAACCAAUUAUUCGAAGAGUUUGUUCAACCACGGAUCACAAAAUAUGGAAAGAUAUUCAAAACGAGGCUAAUGGGUUCUCCAACAAUCAUCGUUAAUGGUGCUGAAGCUAACCGGUUUUUCUUGUCCAACGAAUUCAAGUUGGUAGUUAGCUCAUGGCCUACUGCAUCAGUUCAGCUCAUGGGCAUAAAUUCCAUCAUGGAAAAGCAAGGGGAGAAGCACCGAUGCCUUCGUGGAAUAAUCGCCACCAGCCUUGGCCCUGCAGGGCUUGAGAUUUUAGUGCCAAAAAUUUGCGACUCAGUUCAGUUGUACCUAGAUAAAAAUUGGAAUGUAAGAGAAGAGAUCAGUCUUUACCAUUCGACCAAAGCCUUGACGUUUACUAUAGUUUUGGAGUGCUUGCUAGGGCUCAAUUUUGAGCCUGGAACCCUGAAUACUUUUGAGAGAGUUUUGGAAGGAGUUUUUGCACCACCUAUUUCAUUUCCUGGUUCCAAGUUUUCAAGAGCCAAGAAAGCAAGGCGGGAGAUAAAAGAAAUGUUGAUUAAAGUGGUAAGGGAGAAAAGGAAGAAGAUGGAAAGUGGUUUAGGGGGGGAUGAAGGAAUGUUAUUUUCCCAAUUGGUGAGCGGGAUGAUUCGAGGGGAGAUCAGUGAAGAGGAGGUUGUUGAUAAUGUGGUUUUGCUAGUGUUUGCAGCUCAUGACACAACAUCUUUUGCCAUUGCCAUGACCUUCAAAAUGUUAGCUGAGCAUCCAGACUGCCAUUCUCUCCUCCUUCAAGAACACGAUGACAUAAUGAACAAGAGGAGACCUGGAGAGAAUCUAACAAUGGAAGACACGAAGAAAAUGAAAUAUACAUGGCAAGUUGCACGUGAAAGCAUGCGGCUUUUUCCUCCUAUCUUUGGCUCCUUCAGAAAAGCUAUUGCUGACAUUGAAUAUGAAGGAUUCACGAUUCCCAAAGGGUGGAAGGUUCUGUGGACAACAUAUGGCACCCACUACAAUGAAGAAUAUUUCAAGGAUCCUCUGACUUUUAAUCCAAGAAGAUUUGAGGAGCCAAUUCCACCAUAUGCUUACCUUCCCUUCGGUGGAGGACCAAGACUUUGUGCAGGAAACCAACUGGCAAAGUUGAAUAUCCUCAUCUUCAUCCACUAUGUUGUAACGCGUUACAAUUGGUCCUUACUCUGCCCUGAUGAACAAAUCACCAUGGACCCUCUCCCAUUCCCUUCCCAUGGAAUGCCCAUCAAAGUUUCUCUCAAGUCAUCUUAGAGUAGAACAAACAUCGGGAUUUUUAUACUUUGUACACAAAUGUUUAAUUUAUCAAGAAUCAUGUCCUACAAACUUGGUUUCACUUUCUACAUCUACUGAUUCAUCCAAAAUUCGUGUUCCACAGCA